AGUAGCGCAACAAAAUCGUAACGGCGUCUGACCUGACUGCGUUCUUGCAUCAAUGGCUGACUUGACCGCAGUGUUUGAGUGUCAAAGUCCAGACUGCGGCUUUGUCUUUGUUGCAGACUGAAAACACAAGCAGUGACCGAACAUGGACGUGCAGGAGCAGCAGAAGAUUCUGUGUGUGGGUCUGGUUUGUCUCGACAUUAUUAACGUGGUCGACAAAUACCCCGAAGAAGACACUGACAGCAGGUGUUUGUCCCAACGCUGGCAGAGAGGAGGAAACGCGUCAAACUCCUGCACUGUGCUGUCGCUGCUCGGAGCUUCCUGCGCCUUCAUGGGCUCCCUGUCUGCUGGACCUGUGGCAGAUUUCAUCAUGGCUGACUUCUUACGGCAUGCUGUCGAUGUCUCAGCAGUCAUCUGGCAGGUCAAAGGUCAAACUCCAUGUGCAUGUUGUGUGGUUUGUCCGUCCAGCGGAUCUCGAACAGUUGUUCUCUACGACAUGAACCUUCCCGAUGUCACAGCGGAGGACUUUUCCAAAGUCAACUUUCGCCAGUACAAGUGGAUCCACUGGGAGGGCCGAAAUGCUGAGGAGCAGGUGAAGAUGAUCCAGCAGGUGGUGAUGUAUAACAGCACGUUACCACGGCAACAGAGAAUCACCAUCUCCGUAGAGAUUGAGAAAACCAGAGAGAUGCUGUAUCAGCUGUUUGCUCAUGGCGACGUGGUGUUUGUAAGUAAAGAUGUCGCUCGACACUUCGGUUACGAGUCGGCUGAAGCUGCUCUCAGAGGUUUCUACAGCCGGGUCAAAGCAGGGGCUGUCCUGGUCUGUGCCUGGGCAGAAAAAGGAGCGGAUGCCUUGGGUCCAGAUGGCGUGAUCAUUCAUUCAGAUGCUUUUCCUCCUGAAGCCCUGGUCGACACUCUCGGAGCCGGAGACACAUUUAAUGCCGCCGUCAUCUACACGCUGUCCAACGGUGGAAGUCUGCAGGACGCGCUGACCUUCGGCUGCAGAGUCGCCGGCCGAAAGUGUGGUUUCCAUGGUUACGAUGGCAUCAGCAGAGAUUUUACUGAGGACUGGACAAAGAGUUAAAACCGGGUUGUUCAGAUUCAGAGACGUGAGGUUAUGCUGUAAAAGAGGAGUGAAGUUAAAAGACCAACCAACACUCAUGAAGAAAUAGUGACAGAUUGUUUCAGCACUCAGUUUGUAUUUAGUACAUGUAAAAUAAUUAUCCUUUUCAAGUGAACUUUAACAGAAAACUACAACUAAUCCAAGGAGAAAGAGCUGCACUUUUACAUUAAUAUAAUUAGUAUAAUUUACUGACCAUUGAGGUUGGUUAACAGUCACCUGUUUACUCUGUGAUAUGAUCAAUACCUGACUUAACUGCUAAGAGGUUACUAUUAACUGAUAGACUGAUAUUACUUGAUCAUUUACAAUAAACAAGCUGUUAAUAAAAUGGUUACCUGUUAACUUUAAUGAAGUAACUGCUGUAUUAUUUUUAAUUAAUGACAAUAAAAUCUGCCAAACUGAUCAGUGACCAACUGGAGUG